AAAGCUUCUCCCCGAGUCCAUGACCCACUCAUCUUUAGUGUCAUGAGUACUAGCCGUUAACACCAGCGGCUCCUUGGUGCUGAAAGCUACAUUAACAGAGCUUGAAUUCUUGCUCUUCCCCUUGUCAGGACAUUCUCUUUUCCAAUGUCCCUCCUUCCCACAGAUGAAACAGCCUUUGCCAUCCUUGUCUUUAUUCUUAAAUUUUUUUCCUUUGCCUUUUGAUCUGCUCUUUGAAGACUGGUUAUCCUUCUUCUCAAAUUUACUUUUGUUUCCUACGUACAGGCCUUCAGCUUCUGUCUUUGACUUGCUCAAGAGACCUUUCUCCCUCAGUUCUGUCUCCUUUGCAUACGCUGAUUCAAUCACAGCACUCACUGUUAACAUGUCUUUACCACUGCCAUAUUUGAGUGUAUGGACCAGUGCUUCAAACAUCGGUGGAAGACCAAAAUUAGAGGUCUUCUCUAUUCGAACUCGACAUGACGAAGGAAGGAAAAUCACAGCCGAAAGAAAAAAAUGAUACUCCAAAUCUAAAAGUCUCGUGCGAUGAAGAGCAGAAACCUGGGUCAAAAGUCUCGUGCGAUGAAGAGCAGAAACCUGGGUCAAAAGUCUCGUGCUGCGUAAAUCAACAGAAAUAUGACCGUGUUGAUGUAGGAGAUUCUAAAUUUUCCUCGUCAAGAUCAAAAGUUAUACUCUCACGAAAGGAAAUUCUUUCUCAAAAAGAAAGAGACCCAUUUAAAGGAAUAAGAUCCAGAAUUACUUUUCCCCAAGAAAAAGCCAAAGCAAAUAACAAGGGCUGCAAAAACUGUGGAGAAGAAGACCACGAAGCUAAAUCUUGCUUUGCAAGACCUAAGUGACCUGUGUCUAAAUCCAAAGCCGAAACUACACAAAAGUAUGAAGCAUCCAGCAGUUCUGAAGCAUCAACUAAUUACUCUUCUGGGCUCAUAAAAGAGAAACACCUGAUUCUUCAGGAAUAUGUCAAAGUCAACGACCCAAAUGAGAAUUUUUCACAACCGGGUCAUGGUGAAAAUUGGCUUCUACAUGUUCCACAACUUCAGCCAGAAAUGCCAAAGCCAGAGAAGUCAGACAUGAAAAGACUUCAGCCACAGCCAGAGAAGAUGCAAAUUGAGGUUAUGCCUCGGAGCUUUUUCAUCGAGAAGCCGAAGUUGCCCGUGAGAAACAGAAUAGGUGAAUGGGAGCAGCAUUCAAAAGGAAC